UACUUGAAGAUACUUUACCUAAAUUGGACAGAAGGAUUUAAACCGAAUGCACUCUUUCUGAUAUAUACGUGCAUUUAUUCAAGUGCGUAUUAUGACAAGUACGAAAUUGUUAAUUUUGUAAUCGAAGAAGGUUAUUGUUACUUCAUAUGUGUUUAGUGAAGUUUCAAUAUUAAUUAUUCGUAUACUAAGAAGUUGUUUUUACAAUUUCAAGAUGUCAUCUCUCAAGCUUGCACCAUUAGGCUUGAAGCUAUUACAAACAACUCCAAAGGUUUUGACUGUGCCCUCAUCUCGAAGUAAAUAUUAUUCUGUUUGUAAAGAGAAAAAUGUAAAAACAUGGAAUGACAUUGCUGACGAAGUAGUAGAGAAAGCAUUUUUCUUAGAAAUUGUUCGUGGACUGGGAAUUACAUUGUCCCAUGUUUUCAGAGAACCAGCAACGAUAAAUUAUCCAUUUGAAAAAGGACCUUUAAGUCCACGAUUUAGAGGAGAACAUGCACUAAGAAGAUAUCCUUCAGGAGAGGAGAGAUGUAUUGCAUGUAAAUUAUGCGAAGCAAUCUGCCCUGCUCAAGCUAUCACUAUUGAAGCAGAAGAAAGAGCUGAUGGUUCUCGACGAACAACAAGAUAUGAUAUAGAUAUGUCUAAAUGCAUUUAUUGCGGUUUUUGUCAAGAGGCUUGUCCAGUGGAUGCAAUUGUAGAGGGUCCGAAUUUCGAGUUUUCUACAGAAACACACGAAGAAAUGUUAUAUAAUAAAGAAAAACUUUUGAAUAAUGGAGACAGGUGGGAAUCUGAAAUUGCGAGUAAUAUUCAUGCCGAUCAUUUGUAUCGUUAAACAAUUUGUGAAGUGUAGUAACAAAUUAUGUAUAGUAAAUAAACUAUAAGUAUAGUUAAA